AUGGCCCUUCCCAACGGAUACCCAACUUCCUCAAUCCAAGCCUUUGCCCAAUCAUUCUCGAUGAUCAUAGUGUCGGAAAUAGGCGACAAAACGUUCCUUAUUGCUGCCAUACUCGCUAUGCGGCAUCUCCGUUUGGCGGUCUUUCUGGGGGCAUUUCUCUCGCUUUUUUUGAUGUCUUUCUUGUCCGCCUCACUGGGUCAAAUUCUUCCUGCAUUAAUUCCUCGUGGAUGGACCCAAUGGUGCGCAUCAGCACUUUUUCUCAUAUUUGGGAUGAAGAUGUGGAAUGAGGCGAAGGAGAUGGAAUCAGGAACAGGAAAGAUUGAGGAGGAGAUGAGAGAGGCUGAGGAAGACAUUGAAGGAGAUCAGUGGAAACAUGAAUCGCGUCGAGGAGACUUAGGAAAUCAACGCACGGGGAGCUACCCACCAGAAAGCAUGGAAAAGCAUGGGCGAAAGCAAGGAUCGAACAGUGGAUUGUCCACAAGCAAAAUGCGAGCGAAGACUUCCUGGAUGGAUGAGACACGCAGCGUUUGCAGUCUACUUUUCGGACCAGUCUUUGUCCAGGCGUUUGUUCUCACUUUCCUUGCAGAAUGGGGAGAUAGAAGUCAAAUUGCUACCAUAAUUCUCGGAGCCGCGCACGUCCGUAUUCCCGUCUGUUUGUUGCUUUCUACAUGCCGGUACUGA